AUGUCGCGUCUCAAACGUCUAGCGAACAGUGCUGAGUGGAAAAAAAACAACGAUUACAGUUUACAAUUGAGCCGAUGGUUCCUUAUAUCGAUUGGCGCUUGGCCGCAAACAUGCACAUCCAACAUAAUAGAGAGACUCUCCACAAUAGUACUUGUUCCCAUUUGGUCGUUCAUAGUGGCAAUAUAUACCGUACCGUGUCUAUUAUAUAUAUUUUUCGAGGCGAAGGGCAUCCAAAUGAAAUUAAAUUCUCUCGGUCCACUAGUGCAUAGAUUAAUGGGCUCCUUUAUUUACUGGAUACUACUCACAUACGGUAAAGCUAUUCAGGAAUGUAUAAAACAUAUGGAACAAGAUUGGCGCAUCGUUCAGAGAAUCGAGGAUACUGAGGUGAUGAUGAAACAUGCCAAGAUAGGCCGUUAUAUAACCAUAGUAUGCGCGAUUCUCAUGCAGAGCAGUGUAUUUUUGUUGAAUAUACGUACAGUAUUGAUAACCGUAACCUUAAAUCACAAUAACGUAACCACCACGACACGUGUGUUGUCAUGUCCAACGUAUCGUAAGCUUAUCGACGCAAGAUUUAGUCCGGUGAAUGAAAUCAUGAUUAGUAUGCAAUUCAUAUCGAGCUACAUAACGGGUUCCUGCAUAGUGUGUAUUUGUAGUCUCGCUAUUGUGUUUGCAAUGCACGCUUGUGGUCAACUGAACAUGUUGUCCGCGUGGUUUAACGAAUUCAACGAGGAUAAUACAAAGGAAAACUAUGUUGCUGAACGAAGAUUGGCCGCUAUCGUCAAACAUCACUUAAGAGUUUUAUGUUUCAUAGAACGUAUAGAGAAUAUUAUGUAUAAAGGCUGUUUCGUGCAAUUGGUGGGAUGCACGCUAAAUUUGUGUGUAGUUGGAAAUUGUUUUGUUAUGAAUUGGAGUAUACUUACUAAAUCAAGAAUGUUCACAACUGCUACGAUAUGUGCUUCAAUGGCUUUUAAUAUUUUUAUAUUUUGUUACAUCGGGGAGAUUAUCACAGAACAGUGUACAAAAGUCGGUCGGAUAGCAUACAUGUCCAAUUGGUACAAAUUGAAUUACAAAACUGCGCGUGGCUUUAUAUUAAUAAUUGCACGGUCAAAUAACAUAAUCAAAAUAACAGCGGGGAAGAUAUUUCAUUUGUCUAUCACCAUGUUUGGGGACAUUGUUAAAACUUCCUUAGCAUAUGUAAAUUUGUUGAAAGCGUUGUCUAUGUGA